AUGAUUUCCCGUGUCGGUUUAUUAAACAAACAGACUAUAAGCUUAGUCACUAGAAACACCAUCAACAUCACUAAAGCAAGAACCACUGGUCUUAAUGGUGCUGCUGCUGCUAACUCCUUACUCCUCAAAAGACUCGUAUCAACAGUACCCACUACUCAUAACGAAGAACAAGAAGUACUUGUAGCACAACGUAAAAAUAGACCAGUUUCACCACAUUUGGAGAUUUAUCAACCACAAUUAACUUGGUUAUUAUCAGGUUUACAUAGAAUCACUGGUGUUGCCAUGGCUGGUGCCUUUUAUGCCUUAACUUGUACAUAUGCCGCCACUUCAAUCUUGAAUAUUCCAUUUGAUGCUGCUACUUUAGUUAAUGCAUUUGCUAGCUUACCGGUUUAUUUACAAUAUGGUAUUAAGGCUGCUGCUGCUUUCCCAUUUGCUUUCCACUCAUUUAAUGGUGUAAGACAUCUUAUUUGGGAUCUUGGUAAAGAAUUGACCAUUAAAGGUGUUUAUCGUACUGGUUACAUUGUUUUGGGAGCCACUGCUGUUUUCGGAUCAUAUUUGGCCUUUUUCUGGUAA